AUGCUCAAUAGCACUGCUAAUAGUCUUACCACUUCCCAACAGCAACAACUGUCAUCAUCUAAUUAUCAACAUCCUUCUUCUAUAAAGAGUAAACAAUUAUCCGCAAAAAUAAAGAAUAUAAAUAAUAAAGUAAAAAACAAUUAUCUCGCCCACAAUCAACAACAAUCCUCUUCCUCUAUUCAAUCGGCCACCGCUAUAACGCCGACAACAAACAACAACACUGCUGGUGUUUCGAGUUACUCAACGCCCUCUUCGUACAGUGUCUACUCACAACAACAAAACUUCUUUGCCAAAUUACAAGCCACACAGCAUCCCCACGACGACACAAUGCAACACACUUCACGCGGUGGUCACUCUCAUCAACUCAACAAUGGCAGUAGUAGUAACAGUAGUCACGUAGACAUCACCCUACACAAUCGUCACAACCAUAGUCAUCAAACCAGCAGGGAUUUAAAUGCGCCAAGUCCUAAUUCGAAAUUGUUACUUUCCGAUUUCAUCAUCUGUCGAACACUAGGCACCGGCUCGUUCGGUAGAGUUCAUUUGGUACAGUCCAAGUAUAAUAGCAAGUUCUAUGCGAUGAAGGUGUUGAAGAAAACGGAGGUGGUCAGGCUGAAACAGGUGGAGCACACAAAUAACGAAAAACAGAUUUUGGAGCAAGUCAAUCACCCGUUUCUGGUUAACCUCUGGGGUACUUUUCAGGACAGCGCCAAUUUAUACAUGGUCAUGGAUUAUGUUGUUGGCGGUGAGCUUUUUAGUAUACUAAGAAAGAACCAGCGUUUCCCAGAUCACGUAGCAAAAUUCUAUGCGGCUGAAGUAAUUUUAGCCUUUGAAUAUCUACACUCUAAGGACAUCAUCUAUCGGGACCUAAAACCAGAAAACCUACUACUGGAUCGCAAUGGCCAUAUAAAAAUAACAGACUUCGGUUUCGCAAAACAUGUACCAGAUAUCACAUGGACAUUAUGUGGCACUCCUGAUUACCUGGCUCCCGAGAUUAUACAAUCCAAGGGAUACGGAAAGGCGGUAGAUUGGUAUUCCCUAGGUGUGUUGAUAUUCGAGAUGCUUGCCGGGUAUCCGCCGUUUUACGACGAUGAUCAUGUGAAGCUUUAUGAAAAAAUACUGGCGGGUCGGAUAAAAUAUCCGUCGUUUUUCGAAUCGACGGCUAAAGACUUGCUAAAACGGUUGUUGACGAGCGAUUUGAGUAAACGAUACGGAAAUCUGAAAGGUGGAAGUAUGGAUAUUAAAAAUCAUGCGUGGUUCAAAGGAUUUGAUUGGGAUGGUUUGGCAAGAAAUGAGUUGGCUGCACCCUACAUUCCUCAUUUUAGUGGUGAAGGUGAUGCCAGCAAUUUCGAUAUUUACCCGGAGGAACGGGAGCCCUAUGGGAAACCUUGUAACGAUUUGCAUAGAGACAAGUUUCCGGGUUUCUAA